GUGGUUCAUAGACCUUCGCUUGUACGUGCUCACUUCAUUUUCUGUCUUCUCAUCAUUGAUGAUGUGUCCCCUAGACUCGUCCUGGAGACGGAUGUCUGCGUUGCCUUUAUGGUCAACUCAUCUCCUUCGGUUUUGGUCUGGUUCGUCGACAUCGGUCGACAUUGCAUUCGACAAUACCUGGUCGCGCGUCCGUCUGGUGACUCCUGGCAGGUCAACCCCAGUGGCACCACUCGUUCUCUGCGUCAUCUCACUAUUGUUCGCUUGUGUACGGCCGACAGACGACGCAGAGAUCCGACUUGCCCAAGUCUCACGCGCUACACCCUAUCCACGUCUCGGUUUCGUCUCGGUCUUUCCUCCCUCUCACUCGGUUGGGACACUUGGCCUCGGCGGUUUGUCCUCCCUCUGA